CUAUCUUCCAUAUCUCUCCCGUCUCUCUGUUUCACCUUCUCCAAAGAAAACCGACCCAAAAAUCCUUUCUGCCUCCCAAAAAUCCUUUCCGCCCAAUCCCCAAAAGCAGAGAAGAAAACCCUAAAUUCAUCCCCACCUGGCUCGAGCGUCCCACCCACCGAUCCCCGCGGCGGAGCCGAUCGGAAUCUCGCCCCUCGGGAAUACGCCGCGGGCCCCGCCCUGUCGAGGAUCCGCCGUCGGUCGGAUUUCUUCUUCUCUAGGUUUUCCGGGGGUUCAUCGGGCCCGCCGGGGGGAAGCCCUCAUGGCGAACGGUACGGAUACCGAGGAGUUCGUGGUGCUGUCCAAAGUGAGGCCCGGGCUGAAGCGCGAGUUCGCAUUCGCCCUGAAGGCGCAGUCCGAGAUCGGCGGGUCUUUCGGCCGGACCCGGGCGAGGAAGGUCCAGAACGGGGCUCCCGGGGACGACGGGGCCCCGUCGGUCUCGGGGAGCAAGCGCCUGAGGAAGAGCCCGGAGGCCGGGGAGGGAGAGGUGGCCGCGCGGAAGCCGGGGAGCGAAGGUGGCGGAGCUGCUGGUGCGGAGGAGGAGGAGGAGGCGAAUGUGGAUGCGCGUGGUGUGGAGGCGGAGAAACCGGGGAGAGAUGUCGAGGGCGCGGUGGAAUCGACGGGUGCAGACGAGGCGAAGAGCGACGCGGCGGCGGACGUUGAAGAUGUUCGGAAGAGCGGUGUGGGAGAUUCUCUCGGCGAUGAUGGUUUGAAGAGCGACGUUCUGACGGAAAAUGUGGGUUUGAAGCCCGAAAUCGUGUCACUUAAUGGGGCAGCGAAAGGCACCGAAGCAAGUGAAAAAGGGCCUGCUGAGAUCGAAGCGACUUUAAUGGAGACCGAGGAAGACAAAGUCGAUGAAGACGCUGACCUGGGAAAAAUCCAUGAUCUUUCCAUUACCGAGGACCAGCGGAAAGUUGAAAUAGCACCAUCAUCUGGAAAUAAGGAAGGCCAAGUGCAGGCUGAGAAGCCCUACAGGCGGUUUACUCGUUCCGCACUGAAACCAAAGGAAGAUGUCGUGGAGAAAACUGGAGCAAAAUAUGUGAGGAGAGCGAGCGAUGGAGGUGAUAGGAAACUAGAGAAUGGGGCGAGUGCAUUGGUUAACACUCCAACUAAGUUGGAGAUGAAGAUGUCUAAGAAGAUUGCAUUGAAGAAGCCAUUUUCGACAUUGAGGGAUUUUCUCGAGACUGGAUUACUCGAGGGGGUUGCUGUGAAGUAUUUCCGGGUUUUAAGGGAUCGGGAUCAUGGAAAGGGGCUUGGUGGAGUAGUCAGGGGAGCUGGGAUUCAGUGCUUCUGUGCAGAGUGCGAAGGAGCCGAUGUUGUCUCCCCCGCUGCCUUUGAGCUUCAUGCUGGCAGUUUAAAUAAACGUCCACCUGAAUAUACAUUCUUGGAAAAUGGGAAAUCCCUUCGCGAUGUAAUGAACGUGGUCAAGAAUGCGCAGUUGGAUACUAUAGAAGAGGCUGUUGAAGCUGUUAUUGGUCCUUCACGGAUGAACAAAUGUAAAAUAUGUUUAAAUUGCAAAGGAGCCAUCUCUGAGAUGAAAACAGGAAAACCAAAGCUUUUGUGCAAUUCAUGCUUGGAAUUGAGGGAGUCCCAGGUUUCACCUGGUCAAGUAGUUACUACUGACGAGGUUUUUCUAGAUCAAGUAGCUGUAGCUGCUCAGGCUCCACCUGAUCAAGCUGCUGUUGCUGAGCAGGCUUCUGCUGGUGCAGCAGCUGUUUCUCCACGAAGAUUGCCAGAAACACAUCCAGCUUUGGAGUCAUCCCCUGAUUUGUCUGCUGGCACAACGAAAGCUGCUUCUUCUCAGGCUAAGAGUUGGGGAAAACUAACUAGAAAGGACCUGCGUUUGCAUAAGUUGGUUUUUGAGGAGGAUGUGUUGCCUGAUGGGACUGAAGUUGCAUAUUUUGUACGCGGGAAGAAAUUGCUGGUCGGCUACAAAAAAGGGUUUGGGAUCUUUUGUACAUGCUGUGAUUCUCUGGUGAGCCCCUCACAAUUUGAAGCUCAUGCAGGUUGGCCAACACGUCGCAAGCCAUACUUAAACAUUUACACAUCUAAUGGUGUUUCCCUUCAUGAAUUGGCGAUAUCCUUAUCGAGGAGUAGGAGGUUGUCUACCAGUGAGAAUGAUGACCUUUGCUCCAUUUGUUUUGAUGGAGGGGAUCUUUUGUGUUGUGAUACUUGCCCAAGGGCUUUUCACUUAGAAUGCAUUUCUCUUUCAAGAAUUCCUAAGGAUAGCUGGAACUGUAGAUAUUGUCAGAAUAUACAUCAAAUGGAGAAGUUAGUGGAGCACAAUGUUAAUGCGUUGGCAGCUGGAAGGGUUGCUGGAGCUGAUCCUAUAGAACAGAUAACCAAGCGAUGCAUUCGAAUUGUGAAAACUCCGGAGACUGAAGAAGUUGGAGUUUGUGCAUUGUGCAGUAGCAAGGGUUUUACCAAAUCUGGUUUUGGUCCUAGGACAGUUAUCAUUUGUGAUCAGUGUGAGAAGGAAUUUCAUGUCUGCUGUUUGAGGGAUCACAAAGUGGCUGAUUUGAAGGAAUUGCCAGAAGGAAAUUGGUUCUGUUGCAUGGAUUGUGAGAAGAUGCACUCUGCCUUGGAAGAAAUGGUAACGCAGGGAGAGAAGAAGCUUCCAGACUCCCUCUUGGAUGUGAUAAAGAAGAAGCGUGAGGACAAAGACACUCAGAAUGAAUCCAAUCUCGAUAUAAGAUGGAGGAUUCUCAACAACAAAAUGUCGUCUGAUGAUGCAUCGAAGCGGUUGCUUUCUAAAUCUGUUGCCCUUUUUCAUGAGCGGUUUGAUCCCAUUGCUGAAACUAGGAAUGGAAGGGAUCUCAUUCCUGCAAUGGUCUAUGGGAGGAGCUAUAAGGGCCAAGUGCUCAGCGGGAUGUUCUGUGUGAUAUUAAUCGUCAACCAUGAGGUUGUGUCAGCAGGAACUCUUCGCAUUUUUGGGCAUGAAAUGGCAGAACUUCCUUUGGUUGCCACUAGUACAGAUUGCCAAGGACAAGGUUACUUCCAGUCUUUAUUUGGCUGCAUUGAGAGGCUUCUUCAUUCUCUCAACGUGAAGAAUCUUGUGCUUCCUGCAGCAGAGGAAGCAGAAUCCAUAUGGACAAACCGAUUUGGUUUUGGCAAGAUGACCCCAGAGGAGUUGAAACAGUUGAGAAGAAAUCGCCAAAUGAUGGUCUUUCAAGGGACGACUGUGCUGCACAAGGCAGUUCCCCUGUUCCCUGAAACAGAGUAGCUGAAUCAGCAGUUGAUUCCCUUGGAAAAGCUUUUGGGGGGCGACGGCCAUUUUGUCUCGGUUCAUUAGUUGUACAGGGUUUCUGAAACUUUUUGUAUAUGGUUGUUGGAUAUCGCCACAUUAUCUUUUGAGCGUGUUAGGAAUUUUUGGCAGUGCAGAUAGGAAAUGAGAAGCAGGGUUUUGUAGCUCGGGCGAGAGAUAUAGCAAGGAAUUAGAAAGAGAAGUUUUGGGAGGAUGUUCAUACUUGAAACCACAGAAGAUGACGAUAUACAUUGCGAAGUGACAAUCGUUUCGUGAUUUUGUAGUCACAGCAUAUAUACAUCUGCAGCUCUUCAUA